AUGUUUUCUACCCAUCUCCUUUUUGGCGAUUUGAUAUUGACUUAUCCCGUCAAAAUCAAAUACGCCCCCUUUAUUUGUUGUACAUACCACACCCUCUGUGAUGCCUUUCCUCUCUCAUCCUCCUUUCCAAACCUUUUACAUGCCUUGAAUGAUUCAAAACGGCCUCUCCUACCAAUCCUCAUCCCACACGGCAUCAUUUCCUCCACUCUCCUCUUCUUUUCCUUUUCGUUCCUGCAUAUACUUCUUUUUUCAAUAUUGCCCUUGUUAAUUCGAGCUUUGGAGGCAUGUCAUAAACCCUGGACCCUGCCUGGUUCCUGCUAUACCCAUACAUAUACCAUACACCGAAAUACCCAUAGCGAAGCCAGCCAGUCCCAGCCAGCCAGCCAGUUCAAACCAUUCUCGCCAUCUUGUUUGAUUUCAUACCUGUGCUGCGUUGUGUUGCUUUGUUUUUCUUCUACUUUCUACUUCUCCCCUCUCCCCUUUUUUGGCUUUUACAUCUUUGUUUAA